CUCCCGGGAAACUGGACGCGCAGCUCUGCUUGGGUCGGAGCCUCAGCCGGUGGGACUAGCAGUGCGUGCCACGCCCGCAGCCAAGUAGCAGCAGGUGUGGGCCAGCGGCCACGCUGCUUGCAGUCGCCGGAGGAGGUGGGCGUCUGCCGCGGCGCGUGUGGGGAGAAGUGUGCUCGCCCACCCCAGGCUGGGCAGGGACGCGAGCGUGUGGAGCCGACCGACCCAGCAUUCUCUUGGACGUGCGUGAUGGCAGCCCCGGAGGUGUUCGGGUUUCCAGAAGACGCAGCCCUUCGCCUAACUCCGGGCGCUGGCCUGGAGGUGGUGGGCAUGAAGGAGCUGGAGGAGGAAGGGGUGGAGGAGGAGGAAGAAGAGGAGGAGGAGGAAGAGGAGGCGGCGGCCAGGAGAGCUCGGAGUUUCGCCCGAGACGCGCGGGUGCGCUUUCUCGGCGGCCGCCUGGAGCUGAUGCUAGGGCUCUCAGCGGAGAAAUGGAGCCAGCAUUUGGAGAGCGAGGAAAACCGGCAGGUCCUGGGAGAGUUCCUGGAGAACCCCAGUCCCGCGUGCCUUGUCUUCAGCGUCGCCGCCGCGGGACAACUCGCAGUCGCCCGGGAGAUUCCAAGAGAUGCAAAACAUAAACUUGUUUAUAUUGCCAAGAAGAUUACUGAAAACAUUGGAGUAAAUGAUUUUUCUCAAACGGUUUUAUUUGGAGAGUUAACCGCCUCAUCUUUCGGACAUGUAACUGCUUUCCUAGAUGAGAUUUUAGUGCCCAUUCUUUCUAAUAGGAACAACCAUAAAUCCUGGUCCUGUUUUAUUUCACAAGACAUGGAGCACCACAUAGAAGCCAUGAAAAAUAAAAUGCAUGUUUUUCGGGGCAAAAUGUUGAGAAGAACUCUUCUACCAAUUCCCACAAUUGCAGGAAAAAUUGACCUGGAUCAGAAAUACUCAGAGACGAAUGUUUGUAUGCUAGAGGCAAAUGAAAGGACAGUACUCCAUGCAAUUGAGUCAGUGAUUAUUAAAUGGUCACAUCAGAUCCAAGAAAUCGUAGAAAAAGAUUCCGUGCAGCCUUUGCUGAAUUGUCUUCAGUCGAAUCCUCAAACUGAACUGGAUUUCUGGAUGAUGAGGAGAGAAAAUCUGUCAUGCAUUUAUGAUCAACUUCAAGCUCCUAUUGUCCUCAAAAUGGCUAGGAUCCUGCAAAUCAAACAAAGCAGCUAUUUGCCAACUUUGAAGGACAUUUUCGUGGCUGUGAAAAAUGCUCUCCUAGAAGCCCAGGAUGUGGAGCUAUUCCUGAGACCUCUGAGAAGACAUGUUCAGUGUCUCCAGGAGACAGAAUUUCCACAAAUCCGUGUGCUCAUUGCCCCAUUAUUUCAUACCAUCUGUCUGAUCUGGAGUCAUUCCAAGUUUUAUAAUACUCCUGCUCGGAUUAUAGUUUUAUUGCAAGAGUUUUGCAAUCUCUUCAUUGACCAGGCAAUAAUUUACCUUUCACCUGAAGACCUUUUGAAAGGAGAAGUCGAAGACUCUUUGGAAAAGGUGCAGGUGGCCAUUAACAUCUUCAAGACUUUCAAAAAGUCUUUUUUCAACUAUAGAAAGGAACUGGCAAGCUAUUUUAUGGGAAAUGAGCCACAACCAUGGGAUUUCCAGUCUCAACUGGUGUUUUGUAGGUUUGACAACUUUCUGGACCGUCUCAUGAAAAUAGAGGAUAUAUUUGUCACCAUAUUGGAAUUUGAAAAGCUGGAAAGACUUGAAUUUGGUGGUACCAAAGGAGCGAUUUUAAAUGGACAAAUCCACGAGAUGACAGAAGAAUUCAUGGAACUCUGUGAAGUUUUUAAACAGAGCACUUACGACCCAUCUGAUUACAGUAAUAUGGAAUUUGAAAGUGAUUAUGUUGUGUUUAAGUCCAAAACUUUGGAAUUUGACCGAAGGCUUGGGACAAUUCUUUGUGAAGGUUUCUUUAACAGCAAUGGUUUAGAAGCUGCGUUCAAGCUUUUGACCGUAUUUGGGAAUUUUCUAGAGAAACCGGUUGUCAUGGAAAUCUUCAGCCCACAUUAUAGCACACUAGUGCUCAUGUUUGACGCGGAGUUGGAUAUGUGUAAGCAGUUGUAUAAUGAACACGUGAAGCAGAUUGAACGUGGAAAUGUAGUUCUCCACAGGAAUAUGCCUUUUACCUCAGGCAACAUCAAAUGGGCUAAAGAGGUCCUUGAACGACUUCAAACAUUUUGGUCCAAUUUUGCAUCUCUCCGGUAUUUAUUCUUGGAAAGUCCUGAUGAUGCCCUACUUUAUCAGAAGUAUACUGAAAUGACAACUUUGCUAGACCAAUUUGAAAAUUCUAUCUAUGAUGAAUGGAAAAGUAACGUUGAUGAAAUCUGUGAAUUCAAUUUGAAUCAACCCUUGGUUAAAUUCAGUGCCAUAAAUGGUCUUCUCAGUGUCAACUUUGACCCAAAGCUAGUGGCUGUAUUGAGAGAAGUGAAAUACCUUUUGAUGUUGAAGAAAUCCAACAUACCAGAUUCAGCUUUAGCCAUCUUCAAAAAAAGAAACACUAUUUUAAAGUACAUUGGAAAUCUUGAACUUCUUGUGCAAGGAUAUAAUCAGCUGAAGCAGACUCUUCUGGAAGUGGAAUACCCUCUGGUUGAAGAGGAGCUGAGGGCCGUGGAUGAGCAACUACAGGCAGCCGCGACGUCGCUGACGUGGCAGGAUGACUGCUGGGGAUACAUUGAGAGGGUGCACACAGCGACGGCGGAAUUGGCACACAGAGUUGAGCAUGCGCGGAGCAAUGUUAAAGUGAUCCAGCAAACCAUGAAGGCGUGGGCCGAGUGUACGCUUCUGCCCAGGAGGGAGCACCGAAGGGAGGCUGUCUUUACCUUGGAGGACAAGAGUGAUUUGUUCUCUAAAAAGUACAAGCGAAUUCAGGAAGAUGGCUGCAAGAUACAUAACUUGGUGGAGGAAAACAGGAAGCUCUUCAGAGCAAACCCUUCUCUGGAUACGUGGAAGAUUUAUGUAGAAUUCAUUGAUGACAUUGUGGUGGAAGGCUUUUUUCAAGCUAUCAUGCACGACUUAGAUUUCUUUCUGAUGAAUAUGGAGAAACAACUGAAAUCUGUGCCGUUUUUUCAAGCACAGAUGAUCCUCACGCCCCCUGAGAUUCUGUUUAAACCUUCUUUAGAACGAGAGGCUGGGGAUGGCUUCUAUGAUCUGGUGGAGGGAGUGCUAUGCAGUAGUUUCAGAAUGUCUGCCCAGAUGAGGCGGGUGGCAGCACAUCUGGAAAUCGCCAAUUAUCAGAAUGACAUGGAGAAUAUGUUAGGCCUGGCGGAAGUCAGGCAGGAGAUAAUGAACAGAGUGGCAGACGUCAUCAACAAAGUCUUGGACUUUAGAAAUACUCUGGACACAUACGCUUACCUCUGGGUUGAUGACCGAUCCGAGUUCAUGAGGCAUUUUCUCCUGUAUGGCCACAGUAUGUCAUCUGAGGAGACAGAUGCUCAUGCAAACGAAGAAGUCCCUGAACAACCACCGACUCUCCAACAGUUCAGAGAACAGAUUGACAUUUAUGAAGCUUUGUAUGUUCAGAUGAGCAAGUUUGAUGACUUCAGAGUGUUUGAUAGCUGGUUCAAGGUGGACAUGAAGCCCUUCAAAGUGAGCUUGCUGAACAUUAUUAAGAAAUGGAGCUGGAUGUUUCAGGAGCAUCUUUUGAGAUUUGUCGUAGACAGUCUGAAUGAGCUACAAGACUUUAUAAAGGACACAGAUGCUGGACUUCAGAGAGAUUUAAGUGAGGGUGAUCACGAUGGUUUGGUUGAUAUCAUGGGGCAUCUUCUGGCGGUAAGAAGCCGACAGAGAACUACUGAUGAACUCUUCGAACCACUAAAACAAACCAUCGCACUCUUGGAAACCUAUGGCCAGAAGAUGCCUGAGCAAGUCUAUAUUCAGCUGGAGGAAUUACCUGAAAGAUGGGAAACGACCAAAAAGAUUGCAGUUACUGUCAGACAUGUGGUCUCACCUCUCCAAAAUGUUGAAGUCACGCUGCUGAGGAAAAAAUGUAUUUCCUUCGAUGAAAAGCAGGCCGAGUUCAGAGAGAGAUUCAGACUCUAUGCUCCUCUCCGUUUUAAUACAGAAAAUCCGUACACUGUGCUUGAUAAGGCAAAUCAGGAGCUUGAAGCAUUGGAAGAAGAAAUGUUGCAGAUGCAGGAAUCUACCCAUCUUUUUGAAGUGGCUCUUCCAGAGUACAAACAAAUGAAGCAGUGUCGCAAAGAAGUAAAAUUGCUCAAGGGACUCUGGGAUGUCAUGAUUUAUAUCAGAAGAAGCAUUGAUAAUUGGACUAAAACCCAGUGGAGACAGAUUAAUGUGGAACAGAUGGAUGUAGAACUCAGAAGGUUUGCCAAGGAAAUCUGCUCACUAGAUAAGGAAGUCCGUGUAUGGGAUGCUUACUCAGGCCUGGAAAGCAUGGUCAAGGACAUGGCUGCCUCCCUGAGAGUGGUCACAGAGUUACAGAGCCCUGCUCUCAGAGACAGGCAUUGGCACCAGCUGAUGAAGGCCACUGGGGUCAGAUUUUCAAUAAACGAAGCCACAACUUUGGCAGAUUUGUUAGUGUUGCGGUUGCACCAAGUGGAAGAUGAUGUCCGGAGCAUUGUGGACAAAGCGGUGAAGGAACUGGGGACUGAAAAGGCUAUUAUUGAAAUCAGUCAGACCUGGGCAACCAUGGAGUUCUCUUAUGAAGUUCACUAUCGGACAGGCAUUCCAUUGCUAAAAUCUGAUGAACAGCUUUUUGAAACUCUAGAGCACAACCAAGUUCAGUUGCAGACUCUCCUUCAAAGCAAAUAUGUGGAAUAUUUUAUUGAACAAGUGUUAAGCUGGCAAAAUAAAUUAAACAUUGCAGACUUAGUCAUCUUUGCUUGGAUGGAGGUCCAGCGAACUUGGUCUCACCUGGAAAGCAUCUUUGUUUGUUCAGAAGAUGUUCGAAUCCAGCUUGUGAAAGAUGCUAGAAGAUUCGAUGGACUAGAUGCUGAAUUUAAGGAGUUAAUGUUGAAGACAGCUAAAAUAAAGAACGUUCUAGAAGCAACAUGCAGACCUAAUCUCUAUGAAAAACUUAAAGAUUUGCAAUACAGGCUUUCUCUUUGUGAAAAAGCUCUUGCUGAGUACCUGGAAACCAAGCGUGUGGCUUUCCCGCGGUUCUAUUUCAUCUCUCCUGCAGACUUACUCGACAUUCUCUCGAAGGGAGCUCGGCCUAAACAGGUAACACGUCACCUUGCCAAACUCUUCGACAGCAUUGCAGAUCUGCAGUUUGAAGAUGAGGAUGUGUCUACCCCCAGAGCAAUUGGAAUGUACAGCAAAGAAAAAGAAUACGUCCCAUUCCAAGCUGAAUGCAAAUGCAUAGGCCAUGUGGAAACGUGGCUGCUGCAGCUUGAGCACACUAUGCAGGAAACUGUGCGACAUUCCAUCACAGAAGCCAUAGCAGCCAGUGAGGAGAAACCAAGGGAGCUGUGGAUCUUCGAUUUCCCUGCUCAAGUUGCACUAACAAGCUCGCAGAUCUGGUGGACGACAGAUGUAGGGAUAGCCUUCAGUAGGCUGGAGGAAGGCUAUGAAACGGCCCUAAAGGAUUUCCAUAAAAAACAGAUUUCUCAGUUGAAUACACUGAUAGCCCUUUUACUGGGAGAACUUCUACCUGGAGAUAGGCAGAAGAUCAUGACAAUUUGUACCAUAGACGUCCAUGCCAGAGAUGUGGUGGCCAAACUUAUUUCUCAGAAGGUUGUCAGUCCCCAAGCCUUUGCUUGGCUUUCUCAACUUCGUCACCAGUGGGAGGACUCCCAGAAACACUGCUUCGUAAAUAUUUGUGAUGCCCAGUUCCAGUACUUCUAUGAAUAUUUAGGAAACAGUCCUCGGCUAGUGAUCACUCCUUUAACUGACAGGUGUUACAUCACUUUAACUCAAUCACUUCAUUUAACCAUGAGUGGAGCUCCAGCUGGCCCAGCAGGUACAGGAAAAACAGAAACCACCAAAGAUCUUGGACGUGCUCUUGGCAUGAUGGUUUAUGUAUUCAACUGUUCCGAGCAAAUGGACUACAAAUCCAUAGGAAAUAUCUAUAAGGGAUUGGUGCAGACAGGAGCUUGGGGCUGCUUUGAUGAAUUCAAUCGAAUUUCUGUGGAGGUUCUGUCAGUGGUGGCAGUGCAAGUGAAAAUGAUACAUGAUGCCAUCAGAAACAGGAAAAAGAGAUUUGUAUUUCUUGGGGAAGCCAUCACACUGAAGCCAUCAGUUGGAAUAUUUAUUACGAUGAACCCAGGAUAUGCUGGUCGAACUGAAUUACCGGAAAAUCUCAAAGCUCUUUUCAGACCCUGUGCCAUGGUGGCGCCUGACAUUGAGCUAAUCUGUGAAAUCAUGUUAGUUGCUGAAGGCUUUGCAGACGCGCGUUCACUAGCCCGCAAGUUCGUGACAUUGUACACACUCUGCAGGGGGCUCCUCUCCAAGCAGGAUCAUUAUGAUUGGGGACUUCGCGCUAUUAAAUCUGUCUUGGUUGUAGCUGGCUCCCUGAAACGAGGAGAUAAAAAUAGACCCGAAGAUCAGGUACUCAUGAGAGCAUUAAGGGACUUCAAUAUGCCUAAAAUAGUGACAGACGACAUCCCCGUGUUUUUGGGCCUGGUUGGUGACCUGUUUCCAGCCCUGGACGUACCUCGGCAGAGAGCACCGCACUUUGAACAGAUUGUCAGGCAGUCUACCCUGGAGCUUCACCUGCAGCCUGAGGAGAGCUUCAUCCUUAAAGUCGCCCAGCUUGAGGAACUGUUGACCGUGCGGCACUCUGUGUUCGUGGUUGGAAAUGCAGGCACAGGAAAGAGUGAGAUUUUGAGAACACUGAACCGAACAUAUGUUAACAUGAAACAAAAACCUACUUGGAAUGACUUAAACCCCAAAGCUGUGACAACAGAUGAACUCUUUGGUUUCAUACAUCAUGCUACUCGAGAAUGGAAAGAUGGCAAGAUCACUUACUUGUAAUUUAUAGGUCUCUUCUCAUCUAUUCUGCGAGAACAAGCGAAUCUUAAACGUGAUGGACCAAAAUGGAUAGUCCUGGAUGGAGAUAUUGAUCCCAUGUGGAUUGAGUCGCUAAACACUGUCAUGGAUGAUAACAAGGUGCUGACCUUGGCCAGCAAUGAGCGCAUAGCCCUUACUCCCUCCAUGAGGCUGCUCUUCGAGAUUCAUCACUUAAGGACUGCAACCCCAGCUACUGUUUCCAGAGCUGGUAUCCUAUAUGUGAACCCACAAGAUUUGGGCUGGAAUCCGUAUGUGGCCAGUUGGAUAGACAGAAGGCGGCAUCAAUCAGAAAAGGCCAACUUAACUAUUCUUUUUGAUAAAUAUGUCCCUGCAUGCUUGGAUAAGCUGAGAACAAGCUUUAAAACCAUCACUUCAAUUCCAGAGAACAGCCUGGUGCAGACUAUUUGUAUCCUUCUGGAAUGUUUGUUGACCCCUGAGAGUGUACCCUCUGACAGCCCAAAAGAGGUUUAUGAAGUCUUCUUUGUCUUUGCUUGUGUGUGGGCGUUCGGAGGCACUCUGCUGCAAGAUCAGCUUUCAGGCUCUCAAGCGGAAUUCAGUCGCUGGUGGCAUAAAGAGAUGAAAGCCGUGAAGUUUCCAUCCCAGGGGACAAUCUUCGAUUAUUAUCUGGACCACAAAACUAAGAAAUUCUUGCCCUGGGCUGAGAAAGUCCCCAAACUUUCUAUGGAUCCAGAGGUACCUCUGCAGAGAGUUAUGGUUCACACAUCAGAGACAACUCGUCUGAGAUACUUCGUAAAGUUGCUGCUUGAGAAAGGACAGCCUCUAAUGCUAGUAGGAAAUGCUGGAGUGGGAAAGACGGCCUUCGUAGGUGACACGCUGUCAGGCCUCUCUGAGGAUUAUCUAGUGUCCCGUGUGCCUUUCAACUACUACACAACAUCCGCGACUCUGCAGAGAAUUCUUGAGAAACCUCUAGAGAAAAAAGCUGGUCGUAUCUAUGGGCCAGGAGGAAACAAAAAACUGGUUUAUUUCAUUGAUGAUAUGAAUAUGCCCGAAGUGGACUUAUAUGGCACAGUGCAGCCCCACACUCUGAUUCGACAGCACAUUGAUUACGGACACUGGUAUGAUAGACAGAAGGUGGUGCUUAAAGAAAUCCACAACUGUCAGUACAUUGCCUGCAUGAAUCUAAUGGUGGGCAGUUUCACAAUCAAUCCUAGACUACAGAGACAUUUCACUGUGUUUGCAUUCAACUUUCCCUCCUUGGAUGCACUACACACCAUCUAUAGCCAAAUUCUUAACUUCCAUUUCCAGCAGCAAGCAUUUGGUCCCUCAGUUCUCAGGAGUGGCCCCUCUUUGAUACAGGCAACAAUCGCAUUUCAUCAGAUGAUGACACAAAACUUUUUACCCACAGCUGUUAAAUUCCAUUACCUGUUUAAUCUGCGAGACCUAUCAAACAUCUUCCAGGGGAUUUUAUUUGCUUCUCCUGAAUGCUUAAAAUGUCCAAAUGAUUUAAUACGCCUGUGGCUUCACGAAUCUUCGCGUGUUUAUGGAGACAAACUGGUAGACCCAAAGGAUUGUGAUUUGUUUCAGAAAAAAAUGCUGGAAACUGCUUGUAAACACUUUGAAGGUGCAAAUGGUCAUGCGCUGCUUCAACAGCCCCUCAUCUAUUGCCACUUUGCACACGGUGGGCAAGAUCCACGUUACCUGCCGGUGAAGGACUGGGAGGUGCUGAGGACAGUUCUUACAGAAGCCUUAGACAGCCACAAUGAGCUGAAUGCUGUCAUGAACCUGGUUCUGUUUGAAGAUGCCAUGCAGCAUGUGUGCCGCAUCAGCCGAAUCCUUCGCACCCCUCAGGGUCACGCGCUCUUGAUCGGAGUGGGCGGCACUGGCAAGAAGAGCUUGUCCCGCCUGGCAGCUUACGUUUGCGGCCUUGAGGUCUUCCAGGUCACCGUGACCCAAGGCUUCGGAAUCCAAGAACUCCGGGUAGAUCUUGCCAAUUUGUACAUCAGAACUGGAGCCAAGAACAUGCCCACUGUGUUCCUGCUGACAGAUGCCCAGGUUCUAGAUGAGAGCUUUCUCGUGCUGAUUAAUGACUUGCUGGCAUCAGGAGAAAUUCCGGAUCUGUUCAGCGAUGAAGAUGUAGACAACAUAAUUUCUGGAGUUCGUAAUGAAGUUCGUGGUCUAGGCAUGGUGGACUCCAGAGAAAAUUGCUGGAAAUUCUUUCUGUCCAGGGUGCAGCUACAGCUCAAGAUCAUUCUGUGUUUCUCUCCCGUUGGUCACACGCUAAGAGGGAGAGCUCGGAAGUUCCCAGCCAUAGUUAACUGCACGGCUAUUGACUGGUUUCAUGCGUGGCCGCAGGAAGCUCUGGUCUCAGUCAGCAGGCGGUUCAUUGAGGAAACGAAGGGAAUUGAGGCACUGGACAAAGAUUCUAUUAGCCUCUUCAUGGCCCACGUUCACACUAGCGUGAAUGAAAUGAGUACCCGGUAUUACCAGAAUGAGAGAAGACACAACUAUACCACCCCAAAGAGUUUUCUAGAACAAAUAUCACUGUUUAAGAAUCUGUUGAAGAAGAAACAAAAAGAGGUAUCCCAGAAGAAAGAGCAUUUGGUGAAUGGCAUCCAAAAGCUGGAAACCACAGCCUCUCAGGUGGGAGAUCUGAAAGCCAGACUUGCCUCCCAAGAAGCUGAGCUGCAACUGAGAAAUCGUGAUGCCGAAGCUCUGAUCGCAAAGAUCGGGCUCCAGACGGAGAAAGUGAGCCGGGAAAAGGCCAUUGCCGACGCUGAGGAGCGAAAGGUGACAGCCAUUCAGACUGAAGUGUCCCAGAAACAGCGAGAGUGUGAAGUCGACGUACUCAAGGCUGAGCCUGCACUGGUGGCCGCAACAGCUGCACUGAAUACGCUCAACAGGGGCAAUCUCACUGAACUGAAAGUCUUUCCCAACCCACCGAACGCCGUUACCAACGUUACGGCUGCUGUGAUGGUCCUCCUGGCUCCCAGGGGCAGAGUGCCUAAAGACCGAAGUUGGAAAGCAGCUAAAGUCUUCAUGGGAAAGGUUGAUGAUUUUUUGCAAGCGCUAAUUAACUAUGACAAAGAGCACAUUCCAGAGAACUGUCUGAAAGUAGUAAAUGAGCAGUAUUUGAAAGACCCAGAGUUCAAUCCAAACCUGAUUCGGACCAAAUCUUUUGCAGCAGCUGGUCUCUGUGCCUGGGUCACCAACAUCGUUAAGUUCUACGAGGUCUACUGUGAUGUGGAGCCAAAACGGCAAGCUUUAGCCCAAGCCAACUUCGAACUGGCUGCAGCUACUGAAAAACUCGAGGCUAUCAGGAAAAAGCUUGAGGAUUUGGAUCGAAAUCUGAGCAGACUCACUGCUUCCUUUGAAAAAGCAAUAGCCAAGAAAGUUCAGUGUCAAGAAGAGGUGAACCAAACCAACAAAACUAUCGAACUAGCUAACAGGCUUGUCAAGGAACUUGAGUCAGAGAAGAUCCGCUGGGGUCAGUCUAUUAAAUCGUUUGAAGCUCAAGAGAAGACCCUCUGUGGAGACGUUCUCCUUACAGCAGCAUUUGUGUCUUACGUUGGAUCCUUUACAAAACAGUAUCGCCAGGAGUUGGUAGACUGCAAGUGGGUUCCCUUUCUCCAGCACAAGGUUUCCAUCCCAAUAACCGAAGGCCUGGACUUAAUUGCCAUGUUGACGGAUGAUGCUACAAUCGCCACCUGGAAUAAUGAAGGGCUGCCCAGUGACAGAAUGUCAACCGAAAAUGCCGCUAUCCUAACACACUGUGAGCGCUGGCCUCUGAUGAUAGAUCCCCAGCAGCAGGGAAUUAAGUGGAUCAAGAAUAAGUAUGGAACUGACCUGAAAGUCACACACUUGGGCCAGAAAGGGUUUUUGAAUGCCAUUGAAACCGCUUUGGCUUUUGGAGAUGUCAUCUUAGUUGAAAAUCUGGAGGAAACAAUAGAUCCGGUCCUUGAUCCACUGCUUGGCAGGAACACAAUUAAAAAGGGGAAAUAUAUCAGGAUUGGAGAUAAAGAAUGUGAAUUUAACAGGAACUUUCGCCUUAUCCUUCACACAAAACUGGCAAAUCCUCACUAUCAGCCAGAAUUGCAAGCUCAGACAACCCUCCUCAAUUUCACGGUCACAGAAGAUGGUCUAGAAGCCCAGCUCCUGGCAGAGGUGGUCAGUAUUGAAAGGCCAGAUCUGGAGAAACUUAAGUUGGUUUUGACAAAGCACCAGAAUGACUUCAAGAUCGAACUGAAGUAUCUGGAGGACGACCUCCUUCUGCGCCUUUCUGCAGCAGAGGGGAGCUUCCUCGACGACACCGAGCUGGUAGAGAGGCUGGAGAGGACCAAGGUGACCGCAGCAGAGAUAGAGCGGAAAGUGAUUGAAGCUAAAGAAAAUGAAAAAAAAAUCAACGAGGCCCGAGAAUGUUACAGACCAGUGGCAGCGAGAGCGUCUCUUCUUUAUUUUGUUAUUAAUGACCUCAGAAAAAUUAACCCCAUCUAUCAGUUCUCUUUGAAGGCUUUCAACAAGCUGUUCCACAGAGCAAUUGAGCAGGCUGACAAGGUGGAGGACGUGCAGGGCCGCGUCGCAGUCCUGACGGAGAGCAUCACCUAUGCCAUCUUCCUCUACACCAGCCAGGCACUGUUUGAGAAGGACAAGCUCACCUUCCUGUCCCAGAUGGCUUUUCAGAUUUUGUUGAGAAAGAGAGAGAUAGACCCUUUUGAAUUGGAUUUCCUGCUUCGAUUCAAAGUUGAACACACUUACUCGAGUCCUCUUGACUUCCUAACCACUCAGUCUUGGAGUGCUCUAAAGGCAGUAGCCCUGAUGGAAGAAUUUCGAGGCAUAGACCGAGAUGUGGAAGGAUCUGCCAAACAGUGGAGGAAGUGGGCGGAAUCCGAGUGUCCAGAAAAAGAGAAGCUACCGCAAGAAUGGAAGAAGAAAAGUUUGAUACAGAAGCUGAUUAUUUUGAGAGCGGUGCGCCCUGACAGAAUGACAUAUGCUCUCAGGAAUUUCGUGGAGGAAAAACUGGGUACAAAAUAUGUGGGGAGGACCAGAUUGGACUUAGUUAAAGCAUUUGAAGAAAGCAGCCCAGCCACUCCAGUUUUCUUCAUUCUGUCUCCAGGGGUGGACGCCCUUAAAGACCUAGAGAUCCUUGGCAAAAGACUGGGGUUUACGAUAGACUCGGGAAAAUUCCACAACGUGUCUUUAGGACAAGGCCAGGAGACGGUGGCAGAAAAGGCACUGGAGAAAGCUUCCAAAGGAGGACACUGGGUCCUACUCCAAAAUGUCCAUUUGGUAGCCAAGUGGCUAGGAACUCUGGAGAAACUCCUUGAACGAUUCAGCCAAGGAAGCCACAGAGAUUACAGAGUUUUCAUGAGUGCCAAAUCUGCACCUACACCAAGUGAACACAUCAUCCCUCAAGGACUCCUGGAAAAUUCCAUUAAAAUUACCAAUGAACCCCCCACAGGGAUGCUGGCCAAUUUGCAUGCCGCCCUCUACAACUUUGAUCAGGAUACACUUGAAGCGUGCUCCAAGGAGCAGGAGUUUAAAAGCAUCCUCUUUUCUCUGUGCUACUUCCACGCUUGUGUCGCUGGGAGACUAAGGUUUGGCCCCCAGGGCUGGAGCCGCAGCUAUCCUUUCAAUCCUGGAGACCUCACCGUCUGUGCAGGCGUCCUCUACAACUACUUAGAGGCAAACCCUAACGUCCCGUGGGAAGAUCUCCGUUAUCUCUUUGGUGAGAUCAUGUAUGGGGGACACAUCACAGAUGAUUGGGAUCGCAGACUGUGUCGGGUGUAUUUGGACAAAUUCAUUAAUCCAUCUCUGGUGGAAGAUGAACUGACGCUGGCCCCAGGAUUUGUAGCCCCACCUAAUCUAGAUUAUUCAGGCUACCACCAGUACAUAGAGGAGAGGCUUCCUCCAGAAAGCCCAGCACUGUAUGGCCUCCACCCAAAUGCUGAAAUAGAAUUCCUGACGGUGAUGUCGAACACUCUCUUCAGAACUUUGCUGGAGAUGCAGCCCAGGAAUGCACUCGUCAGUGAGGAGCUGGGGCAGUCCACGGAAGAAAAGGUUAAGAAUGUCUUGGAUGACAUUUUGGAGAAACUUCCAGAAGAGUUCAACAUGGCGGAGAUAAUGCAAAAAACCUCAAACAGAAGCCCCUAUGUUCUUGUUUGCUUCCAAGAAUGUGAGAGGAUGAAUAUUCUUCUUCGGGAAAUCCGUGUGUCACUUCAACAAUUAGACCUUGGUUGGAAGGGGGAGCUGACGUUAUCUCCUGACAUGGAAGCCCAGCAGUCCCAGCUGAGUUAUGACACAGUGCCAGACGCUUGGAGCAAACUGGCGUAUCCAUCUACUUACGGCCUGGCCCACUGGUUUAAUGACCUCCUUUUGCGAUGCCGGGAACUUGAAACCUGGACCCACGAUCUUGCCCUUCCAGCUGUGGUGUGGCUUCCUGGCUUCUUCAACCCUCAGUCCUUCUUAACUGCAAUCAUGCAGACCACGGCUCGCAAAAAUGAGUGGCCCCUGGACAAAAUGUGCUUGACUGUUGAUGUUACCAAAAAAACCAAGGAAGAUUAUGGCCAUCCUCCACGGGAAGGUGCCUAUCUCCACGGGCUCCUCAUGGAAGGUGCCAGAUGGGACACACAGUCAGGAACCAUUGCUGAUGCCUGCCUCAAGGAGUUAACAUCUGUGAUGCCGGUUAUCUUUGCAAAAGCCAUACCCACAGACAGACAGGAAACUAAACACACCUAUGAAUGCCCGGUGUACAAAACCAAAAUGAGGGGCCCAACCUACGUGUGGACCUUCAGAUUGAAAAGCAAAGACAAGGCGGCCAAAUGGGUCCUGGCAGGCGUGGCCCUGCUGCUGGAAGCCUGA